AAUAAACAAUUGGAAGAAUCAGAAUGUGAUGAUGAUCUGGUACCCGUGGAUCCCGAGUGUUGUACUGAGCCAAUAACAACUGGAGAUGUAACUUCAGGUUACAUUGUUUCAGCAGCAGAGAUGCAUUUUGACAUUGAAGAGGAAGAUAUAUCUGAUGUUUCCUCUGAGUCAGACACUGAGUCUAUUGUACUUAUGGAUGAUGAAACUGAAAUGGAACUUGAAGAGCCAUCAACAGCAUCACAUGGAAUCUCAAGUGAUCCUGCUUUCUGGCCUGAAAAUAUAGAUGACCAACACAGAAUAACUUUGAUAAAAAUUGGUCCUGUUCAAGAAAAGGCUUUUACUUUUCCAAAAGAUGAUACCAACAGGAGCUUUUCUAUCUCUUACUACCAAAGAGUACUGGAUAAUGGAGAGAAGAUACCAAGAAAUUGGUUGAUCUAUUCUACAGCUAAUAAUUCGGUCCAGUGUUUUGCUUGCCGGAUAUUCAACAGUGACAAUAUGGCUUUGGCCUCAAAACAAGGCUUUAAUGAUUGGCAGCAUCUGACAAGACAUUUAAGCCGACAUGAAAAAACCACAAUCCAUAUCACAAAUUAUAAGAAAUGGAUGGAUCUUUCAAGAGCUCUGGAAAAGGGAACAACCAUUGAUCAUAUCAAUCAAAAGAUCAUUAAACAAGAAGAGAAACGCUGGUAUUCUGUCAUACAGCGAAUAAUCUACAUUAUCCAAUAUUUAGCAGGACAAAAUCUGGCGCUUCGUGGCUGUGAUGCCCGUUUGUUUCAAAACAAUAAUGGUAACUUCCUGAAAUUGGUUGAAAUGAUAGGGAAAUUUGAUCCCAUCAUAUCUGAACAUAUUCAGAGAAUUCAGUGCUCCAUUUCACAGCAUUCACAAAUGCCACAUUAUCUCGGUUACAAGAUUCAGAAUGAGAUAAUUGCCAUAGUUGGCACAAAAAUAAGAGAAAAAAUUAUACGAAGCCUAAAUGAGUCCAAAUAUUUCUCCAUUAUCCUGGAUUGUACUCCUGAUAUGAGCCACACUGAGCAGAUUAGUAUUGUUGUCCGAUUUGUUGUUCUAGAUCAAAGUGCAAAAAAAAUUGAAGUUCGAGAACACUUCCUUGAUUUUUGUCCAGUAAACAAUACAACAUCUGAAGGACUGACAUCCUUUUUACUGGCCUACCUAAAGAACAAUCACAUUGCAAUUGAGAAUAUGCGUGGCCAAGGCUAUGACAAUGGCGCAAACAUGAAAGGAAAACAUAAUGGUUUGCAGCAAAGAAUACUAAAUAUCAAUCCAAGAGCCUUUUUUGUGCCAUGCAGUGCACAUACUCUCAACUUGGUGGUGAAUGACGCUGCAAAGAUUUCAUUCCUGACAAUAGAUUUCUUUGGCAUCGUUCAAGAACUUUAUGUGUUCUUUGCCUCAUCCACCCAACGGUGGCAAAUGGGAAAGCAGAGUUGCAGCAAUUAA